AUGGAGGGGGAGGGGGAGGAGGAGGAGACCCCUCAGGAGGAGGGGGAGGAGGAGACCCCUCAGGAGGAGGGGGCUGAGGAGGAGGGGGGGGAGGAGAGGGGGGCCGUGGAGGGGCAGGAGGGGGAGGAAGAAGAAGAGAAGGCCCUGUCGGAGCAGGAGGAAGAAGAGCAGGUGCUGGAGCCCUGUCCCCUGACGGAGGAGGGCCUGAAGGAGGGCCUCUCGCUCCUCUGUAAGACCAGCAAUGGCCUGGCCCAUGCCUACGUGAAAUUUGAAGCCAAGAGCAAGGACUUGACAGACAUCAGCCUGCUUGAGUACUUCAUUCACCUGCGGUAUGUGGAUUUGUCAGAGAACAAGCUGAAAGAUUUGUCUCCACUGAGCAGCCUCACCCACCUGCUUUGGCUGAACGUGGAUGGGAAUCUGCUUACCAGUGCCUGCAUGCAGGAGCUGCCCUACCUCCAGAUCAUCAGCUUUUCUCAGAACCGCAUCAAGGAUGUGGAGGGCAUUACUCACCCCCGCUUAGCCAACCUCAGCCUGCAAGGAAAUAAAAUUCGGACAGUGCUGGGCCUGAGCCACGGCCAGUUGUUCAGCCUGCAAAUCCUGGAGCUGCGAGGAAACAAGAUAGAGAGCACAGCAGGGCUCAGCCUUCCCAAACUCGAGAGUCUCUAUCUGGCCCAGAACGUGAUUCGGAGCCUUGAAGGCCUUGAGGGGCUAGAACAGCUAACAACUCUGCACCUGCGUGACAACCAGCUUGAGACCCUGGAUGGAUUCUCUAGUGGCAUGAAGUGUCUGCGGUACCUUAACCUACGGAACAAUAAGAUCAGUAGCCUUCAGGAGGUAACAAAACUGCAGGUCCUCCCAAUGCUGCAGGCACUGGUGCUGUUGGACAAUCCAUGCUCUGAAGAAACCAACUACCGACUGGAGAUCCUGAUCCAGCUGCCAAACCUGCAACGCCUCGACAAGGAAUUGUUUGAGCCAGAUGAGCAGGAAGAGGCACAGAGAAUCCGCCAAGAAAGACAAGAAAAGGAAGCAGAAAAGGAAAUUGAAGAACCUCCCCAGGAUGACGUGACUGAGUGACUCCUGUUUUUAACACCUGUUCCAGAGCCAGCCAAGAUUUGGAAAUUUCUUCCCCUGCAUGUGCAGCUGGAAUAGUGAGAGCUGCAGAUAGCAGAGCUACUUUCACCUCAUUUUACCCCUGGAGAGGAGGGCUCCCCAUCCUAGUCCUGGAAGGUGCCCUGAGGUGAUGCAGUGUUUUUGCAGUCGCUGCACUCGUGUGCUCUAUUCUCAAUGGGCCCGAGAGGGAAAAGGUAAAAAAGGAAGGUUACAGGUUCUGUGGUUCACCUUAUGGCUCCCAAAAAUUCUACAAGAUUUUCUGAUUUGAAUAAAAAUAAUUAA